ACAGAAAAAAAAAAAAAAGUGAAAACGAGUUUGCGCUCCGUGUAUGAGUACUGGCCAUCUUGAAAAGACAUGUCCCAUUGUAAUAAACGUCAACAGAACAGUGUUUAUUUUCCAUACAUGUUGCCAGAUACACAAAAUAAUAAAAAAUUAUAUUUACCAAUAAACAAACAAUUCAAAACAAGUGUGUGGAUUAAUUUUAACUGAGUUAUACUUAAUAAUACAUAAACAUUAACAAUAUAUAAAUAUAAUAUAAAUAAAAUAAUUAAAUAAAAAAAAAGUUAUUAAAAUGAAUCGAAGUGAUGGGCUGGUACAAAGGCGCCGUGUUGUAAAUAGCAGUAGUGGAAAUUCACUGGGACAAGAUGGAUUAUCUGAUCAAGGUGGUGGUUUUAAUGAACAAAAUAAUGGUGCUGAUAAUGACACUAAUUCAUCCAAGGAUUUUAACUCAAAUCCAACAGUUGAAGAUGACUCUGAUAAAGCGACCAGGCUGACACUCAUGGAAGAAGUUUUGCUACUUGGUCUAAAAGAUAAAGAAGGUUACACAUCAUUUUGGAAUGAUUGUAUUAGCUCAGGUCUUCGUGGUUGUAUAUUAGCUGAACUUGGUUUAAAAGAACGUAUUGAAUUGGAAAAAACUGGUAUGCGAAAAAGAGGUCUACUUGUAAGAAAAGUACUUGUUAAAAAUGAUUCACAAACUGGUGAUGUAUUGCUUGAUGAAGCACUUAAACAUCUUAAAGAAUAUGAUUCACCAGAACCAGUUCAAAGCUGGAUUGAAUAUCUAAGUGGUGAAACAUGGAACCCACUUAAAUUACGUUAUCAAUUAAAAAAUGUACGUGAAAGAUUAGCUAAAAAUUUAGUUGAAAAAGGCGUACUUACAACUGAAAAACAGAACUUUUUGUUAUUUGAUAUGACAACACAUCCAUUGACAGAUAAUUUGGCAAAAACACGACUUGUUAAAAAGAUACAGGAAGCUGUUUUAUGUCGUUGGGUAAAUGAUGCAAGUCGUAUGGAUAAAAGAACAUUAGCACUUGUUAUGUUGGCACAUGCUGCUGAUGUUUUAGAAAAUGCAUUUGCUCCAUUAUCUGAUGAUGAUUAUGAAAUAGCAAUGCGUCGUGUUAGAAUAUUAUUGGAACUUGAUUUUGAAGCUGAAGCUGCUAAAACAAAUGCCAAUCCAGUUUUAUGGGCUGUAUUUGCUGCAUUUACCAAGUAACAUCAUCUUUAUUAAUAGGAGAUUUUUAAGGUAAUGAGCAUUCAAUUAAAUGAAAACAAAUAAUUUCAUGUUGAAUUUACAUAUAUUUUUUUUUUUUUUAAAUUUUAUUUUCAAAUUAUACUAAUUUCAUCAAUAAUAUUACAGACCAAUGUCAUUGAGCUUAACAUUAAAAAAACAAUUAAUAUAAAUAAACGAAAAAUAAUAAUAAUUAAAUACAACAGCGACAAAGAAUUGAUGCAAAUAUGCUCGUGCCAUGUUCAACGUGACUGUCACACAAUAAAUAAAAAUAAUUUCAUUGUUUAUUUAUUAUUUUUAACUUGAUAAAAUUUCGAAAUAAUACAAUUAU